GGCUUACAUAUUUGCGUUGGGCCUUGUCUGUAGGGGUUUGAAAUGCGGUACAAAAAUUGAGCUGGCCGCUUUAACCUUGAAAAAGUGAGGGAUCAAUAGAACCAUGCAUUAUCUACUCAACACAUCCUUCAACAUGUUUGGAAAAAAGUAUUUGAAUUAGGUGUGCCAUAGAGAAGGAGGUCCUCUCGAGGCCCUCUAUAAGUUUCACUUGACUCAUGGGGCGAUGAAGCCUACUCACGUCCUUCCACAAUGGCUCUGCAUGAGUAUAAACUUGUGCAACAAGACGAUAUAGAUCAUAAUACCGAGACUUUGAUGCAUCUCAAUCUACAACGACAGCUUCGUUUCUUCAAAGGAGUUUCUUUUGCUCUCGGCAUUUUCCUAUUCUUCUCGCUGUUGUUCAAUGCGCUAUGGGUUCACCAGACCUUACAAUUGAUGUCGAUACCCGUAUUAACACCGACCAAAUACACUGGUCUUGUGCGAAACGUAUCAACUCCUUUUAUCAUAGACAAAUUGUUUACCAAUGAGAAUAGAACAAUCGCAGAUGCAGCUUGGAGCUCUCCGGAUCUUGAUUCGGAAGUCGGACUCGUUGCUUUGACAAACGAGUACGCCAAGUCGAAAGGACUACUUCCGGCACAGCGCUGGCCCUGGGAUCACUCGAAGGGUAUCUAUAUUCUGAACGGCUUCCACAACCUUCACUGUCUUCACCUUGUUCGAAACUUAGUUCUCGAGGCAUACGAUAAUGUGCCCCUAACAUAUCCGCUCGAGCAUGUAUCUCAUUGCCUCAAUGUACUCCGUGAAGAAGUUAUGUGUAAUGCCGAUGACACACCAAGAUAUACCGGUCGACUAAACUCUGAGAAAGGAAAGGAGCAUCCGACAUCGGGGAUUGGUCAGACCAGAAUGUGUAACGAUUGGGGGAAGCUGAGAGGCUGGGCUGUAGCACAUUCAGGCUGCUUCCGGGCUAUUAAUGAAAGCACUCCAAAUUUCCCCACUAUUGAGCGUUACAAGUUUUGUCCGGAGGGGAUGAAUUAUUCUUCUCCAAUACUCUGAGCGCAAAUGGCACACCCGCGCAGUUAUCACAGAAAGGCAUCUCUGGUUAGGAGAUGCGCUCUGGUCGUAAAAAUCUCUGCGGUAAUUUAACCCAUACUGAAAAUGUAGCUAGUUUGACCUGCUGCCAGAGUUCCAGACAAAAGAAUCUAUUUCAAUCGUUUCUCAUGCCACUUGGCACUGUCGAUUCCAAGUCUGUUACUCCCAUAACCCUAUCAAUAACAUAUUCCACACUGAUCUUGUGCAGAAUCACUGGAUGUGACAGAUUCUCUGCA